AUGCAUAAACUGUCUCAUACCGACGCGGACGCUUUCGACCCGCUAGAGCCUCCGACCUUCACGUCUGCGCCUGCUUCCCCGGCUAUUUCUCUUUUCUCCAGCCACAAUCGCGUCUCGAGCUCCGUUUCCUCGCUUGGCCUGGGCAACGCAAUGGAGAGUCCCAACCGCAAUCAUCUGUCGGGUGUGAAGGAGGAGCCUGUCCGUGACUCUUUAGAAGACCAGUAUUUCCAGCACUUCGACUGCGAGAUGCCUGCCGAGGAGCCUUCUUUCCCAAUGGAUACCGCUGAUGGCUAUGACCUCACUGAUACCGGCAUGGACAUUCCCAUGCCGGAAAACCGUCGAUCAGACAGCAUGUCCAUGAAGGGCGUCUCGCGCAUUGGCUCCCACAUUUCGACCAUGUCAACAAGAUGGAAGCCCAAGCGUGUCUCAGGCUCCAGCCCCGAACGCGAAGCAUACCCAGAUGAUCUGCGCUCCCGCGCGAACUCGGUAGCUUCCUCGGCGUUGGCCAGCCCAGAGCGGAUGAGCGAGUCUGGGGCGCGCCCAAUCGAUAUCACCCGCGCCAACAGCCUGAGGAAGGACGAAGAAGACGAUACCCAACAGGCCACCACCCCGCUUCUGCCACCUUUCAUGGGUGACGAUCCUUCGUUCGUGGUUGCUUCCCGCGUGCAAUCCCCUCUCCAAUCUCCUUCUGUCGCGGACGUCAGCGUGCCCGGUCCCUUCCAGUGUGCCAUGGCUUCCGACCCGCGCUACGGAUCCUCAGGGGACUCCGUGCCCUUCUCCCUCUCCGACCCCAACGACGAGUGGGCCAACAAACUCGGCCACGCCAAUUUCACCAUCCAACCCGAACCCUACACCCCAGCCGUCUACGACCUCGACAGUCUGCGCCAGCUGCGGGCAGACUGGGACAUGGCCCGCUGCAACUUUGCGCGCCACCUCGUCCGCACCGGCGAGCACUACGGCACUACAUCCAACAUCUACAAACUCACGGGCGAAAAAUGGGAUUCUGUGAAUGAACAGUGGCGUCUCCAGCACGAGUCUCUCCUCAACUACCUCGGUGCAAUCGACGGGAUCGCCCUCACCCUCACCCAGUCUAACAUCCACCCCUGCGAAGAAGUGCGGAUCCCCCGCCUGCACGACAAUGCCAAGUUCCCCGAGAUGGGCGACGAAGAUAUCGUUGGCCCCAUGACUGUCGUGGCUCCCACCGAACUCGGAUCGUGCCGUCCAAAGGAGAAGAAGCGCAACAACUUCUUCAAGUUCUUCCACGACCUCGUCUCGCGUCCUUGA